UCGAAUUGCGCAAUUAGCUCAAAUAAACGAACGACCCUAAACGCACCACGGGCCCCAGUGAUGACGACACCGGCCGUAACCCGGAAGAGGAGUCGUGACGCCAGUGCGUCGGAAGAAAAAAUGAAGGAACAGAGACGCGAUUGUUCUGUCCUACGUUAGACACCGCUGAGAUCUUUUUCCUGACUACUUAACGGUGACAAAAAGGAGGAAUCCAGCUGCCGUUAACGGGAAAUAUUAUGGCAAACAGAAACGACGCCGGUCAGUCCGUGAACCUCAAAAUGCUAUAGACGGCUAAUCGGCUAGCAAGUCGAUCUAGAUUGGCCAGUUUGGGCUUUUUUGUUUCGUUUCCGACGGUUUUAAUUUAUGACAGUCGUCACGCUUAUCGGGGAGCUUCACCUCGGGUGUGAGGAGGCUAUCUAGAGGCUUCCCGGGUCCUGUGGAGCCGGAGGGGCCACGUCAGCCUUCCGGCUAACUGCUAGCUCCCCCCGGUCAGAUAAAGUUAGAUAAAGUUCCCCCGGGACAUGGCUCCGAUGGGGAUCCGGCUUUCCCCGCUCGGUGUGGCCGUGUUUUGCCUGCUCGGGGUGGGGGUCAUCUACCACCUGUACGCGGGGGUCCUCUCCGGCCACCUGGCUUAUUUCAGACAGAGAAGGAAGGUGGACCUGAGGGACCUGCUGGCCGUCUCUGUGGAGGCUGCUGUGCUCGGUGGGAAAGAGGUGAAGAGGCUCCGGGAAGAGAACGGCCUGAAUGAGAAGUCCAAGGGGAAGACGAGGGAGGGGGCCCAGGAGCUCCUGACCAUGGGGGACCUGGAGUCCCACAGGAAGAUGUUCAACCUGAUAAAGAACACCUUCCCCCAGCUCACGGUUAACAGUGAGGAGCAUUACAACGAGCCGGACGCCGCUGCCUGGAGUAAGAAUAUCCCGGCUGAAAUCUUAGAGAAGAUUGAAGGGGGCAGGGAGGUUCCCGCUGAGAGCCUCACCGUGUGGAUUGACCCGCUCGAUGCCACGCAGGAGUACUCAGAGAACCUGGUCAAGUACGUGACCACCAUGGUGUGUGUGGCUCUGGAGGGGAAACCGGUCAUCGGGGUCAUCCACCAGCCUUUUACGGGCUUCACCGCCUGGGCUUACGUCGGUCAGGGGUCCAACAUGCGUUCCCGCUCCUCCUACAGCGCGGACAACCCAAAGGUGGUGGUGUCCCGCUCCCACUCCGGGGAGGUUAAGAACUUUAUUCACAGCGCUUUUGGAAACGGCACGGUGGUGGCAGCAGGGGGAGCAGGAUACAAGGUGCUGUCCCUCCUGGACAUGCCCCCCAGUGAGCCCCACUCCAUGGACCAGGCCGACCUCUACAUCCACAUCACCUUCAUCAAGAAGUGGGACAUCUGUGCCGGGGCGGCUCUCCUCAACGCUCUGGGAGGUCACAUGACCACCCUAAAGGGGGAGAACAUCGACUACAGCGGAGCCCCGCUGAACAAAGGCGGACUGGUGGCCAGUGUUGGCGUGGAUCAUAAGGCCAUACUGGCCAGACUUCCAAACUGGGACCCCGAGAAGCACUGAGGAACUUUAGUCCCGUCAGACUCCUCAUUUCAGCCUCCAGACAUCCAGAACCUGGCACGGGAAGGACUAAACUGAGGAGCAGCUUCCAGGAAAACCCCAAACCAGCCACCGUCCGGGUCAGGGUCACUGGGCAGGAACUGGAAAAACGCCAAGAGAACAUCAAGAACAUCAAACUGAUCAAAGUGGAGGAUUUAGCUAGCAGGUUGAAUCUAAAUGAGAAGAAAAGACUGGAUUCAAAGCAGGAAAACAUCCAUAUUAUGCUUAAAGUUGGACAGAUUUUUGGCUGAAUCAACACAUUUGUUCAUUCGGCUUUUGACUUUUGCACAUGGAAACACAAAUAUGAGUAAACAUUUAUGAAAUGGAGGCCGGUCCUGGAUCGGCUAACAGAAGAACAACGAGUCUCUGUGUUUUGUUUGUUUUCAGAAACAAAAAAAAAAGCAGAAUGAACAUUUGUUUCUCUGAUUUUCCUCCAAAUGCUGUAAAUAACCAGACUUGAUGAGCCUGUUUCUGCCUGGUUGAUAACAUGUGGACAGAAAGAGGAUUCAGGUUAGAGACUUCUGCCUUUUUUCUGAAAGCCCGAGCCACCGGACCCACGGAGGACAUUUUGGGUAUCUACCGGUUGCUAUGGCGACGGUGGGUCCUAUGCCAGCUGUUGGCUGGAGCCAGAUGCAGGUUUUUCCAGAUGUGGACACAACUCUGACAGCAGUGGUGCCGACUCAAUGACUACAAACCAGUUCUUUCUUUAGGCUCCAUUUUAAGAUUUAAACUGCUGGUGGGGGGGCUCUGUUUUAUUUUGAAAAACCUUUGGGAGGUCUUGGGUCAAACUCUGGUUUAACUGUCUGUAAACACACUGAAGUGGGAGCUGAAACUACCUGGAAGCAGGAGGAAAAAGGGCGUGGCACCUCCGUCCAGGACUGAAAGUGGCCUUUAGAGAAUGGAGGGAUUGUUGGAGGGGUUUUAUCCUCCCGGCUGGUCUCUUCUGGUCCUCUAGAGUCCUCCCUGUACAGCCGCUCUGCUCUGUUCUGCUUUUUUCUUUGGAUUUCCAGUAAAAUGUGUCUGCAUGACUGUGUGGCUACACGCUCUACUUCUGUUCCGUUCCCGUUAGCAUUAGCGGGAUGUGAUAGGAAUAAUAAAACAGAUCUGUUUAGAGUUUUAUCUGCAUGAAAACCAUGUGGAAUCUGGAUAAUUAUGCUCAUUUGACGUCAGCUUUCUGAGCUUUAUUUGGCGUGUAGAAGCU